UCCUGCAGCCGAGGGCAGCCCCGUGGCCUCAGAGGCCCAGGUCCAUCCGGCCCGGUGGAUCCUGGCACUUCCGGAGGAGCGUUCAGCAGGUCAGGAGGGGUUAGAGCAGAACACCCGGUGGUGCUGGGCAGAGGGAGCCAGGGCUGCCCACACUGAGCCUCACUGGACCUGCUGGUGCCCGCGUCUGAGCUGGGUAUGUGAGAAGUCAGUUGUUUGUGCUUGUUUUGUGGGUUUGGUGUGGGGUGGGUAGGCGGGGAGAGUUCCCAUCUGGCAGGACCACUCACCAACCAGGAUUCUGGGAGGGCCCCCCAUGUGGUAAGUGACACACCUGGCAAGGAUCAUAACACUGCCCUAGGUCUGGCCCGAGACCUCAAGAAGCACUACGAGAUGAGUGGCCCUGUUCUUCAGGUUUCAGGUCCUCUUAGAUACCCUGGUAAGAACCAACCACCCAGAACCCUUUGGCCCACGCAAUCACUGACCUGGAGGGUUGAGUGCAUAGUCACUACUGUCUUGGGAAGUCCUUCUACCUUGGGACAGUUCAGGGGCCCAUGCCUAGAUGCCUGAGAUGAGCCCCCACUGGCCCGAGCUUCUCCAGCCUGGUUGUAGCUGAGAUGGCCUCACAGCCUGACUCCUUAACCUCUCUUCUCAUCCAGCACUUAGACCAGGUGUUUGUCCAGGUCGUUGAAACAGGUGGUUUCUUUUUCUUUUCAGAACCGGGGCCUUUGCACUUGCCAGGGAAGCGCUUAUUCCACUGAGCCAUCUUCCUGGUCCCUACAGAUAGGUGGUUUGUAACCUGUUCUUUUCCAUACUGAUGGUCUGGCUACCUCGAGCCUGCCCUGUCUUCCCCAUCUCAACUGAUAUAGGAAACUGGUACAGCUCUGGAGUCAGUCAGGAUGGAAUAUGAGAGGGGAAGUGAAAAGAACUUCUGAUAAUCAGACCUGAGGAGCAAUUCAUCCAUGCAACCUUCCCUUCCAGACUCCAAGGAGCAGCCUCCCAGCUCCCUGGCCUGCUUUGAGAAACAGCCCUAGGAAACCCUGCCCACAGUCAGGGCCAUGCUCCACAAUUCCAGCCACAGCAGAGGCGUGACCUCUGUAGAUAACACCCUGACAGGGCAGGACAGAGACAGGGAAGGAGCAUGGGCAAGAGCUGGGGGAGCCCUGACCCCCAACAGCUCCUCCCCAUUCCCCCCUGAGCCUCCAGGGGCCUCAGGCAGCAUCAUUCCGGUCUACUGUGCCCUUCUGGCCACUGUGAUCCUUGGUCUUCUUGCUUAUGUGGCCUUCAAAUGCUGGCGCUCACAUCAGCAAAGACAGCAGCUGGCCAAAGCUAGGACCGCAGAACUGGGAGCCCUCAGCAAGGAUCAGAGGCUUGGCCGUAGCAGCAUCUUCCUGGACUCUCCUAGCAGGCUAGAGUCUUGCACCUCCAGCCAGGGACUGCAUCCUGACCUCGGCUGCCGACUUUACCUUCAUCUCCCUCGGCAGCAGCAGAAGGAAGUAGAGCAGCUCCUGGAGGUGUCAAGCGAACCUGAAAAGGGCUGGCGGGGCCUGGCAGGUCGUCUUGGGUACCAGGCUGAGGUUGUAGAGAUCAUGGCCCAGGGCCAGGUGCCAGCCUAUAACCUACUGAAGGACUGGGCCAGCCAAGAAGGCAGCAAAGCUACCCUCAGGAUCCUACAGGAUGCCCUCGCUGCCAUGGGCCGGGAAGAUGUGGUUCAGGUCCUGGGAUCCCCAGGGGAAGGCUGCUCUGUGGUGUGAGGGAACCCCACCACCCCUGCCUCCCUGCACAAAUUCGCCUUCAUGGGUUUCUAGCACUGCAGGCUUCAGGGUGUACU